UGCCGCGGCAUCCGCCUACACACGUUCCGGGGCGCCGGCACGCCCGCAUUCAGCUUCCGGGGCUGAAUCGGAAAGCGGUCCCGUCGGUAAGCGCGAGCGUGCGGUAGCGGGCACUGCCCUAGCGGCUGGGAGAAGAAGGCUUUAUUCAUGCGAAAAGGAGAGCUCUGCCUUCGCUUUUCAGGACUGGGUGAAGCCGCGAUGCAGUGUGUGUGAGCGCAGCCAGCAAUGGCUUACAGGGAGAGGCCUGGGACCAGUGGUAGCAGCAGGGCUCGGAGCCGCCCGGCCCAUUUCACUGCAGAGGGGCCCGACGAGAGGCCCCAGAGCAGGGGGGUGGGGCCAUCUUCACGCUACUGCGGCACCAAGGGGCCUGAUGGAAAGAGCAGCCAGGCAGCGGCGCCCAGCCACACGCAUGCAGCUCAGCGGCCUCGGGCCGACAGCGCUGAGGAGGAGCUUUCUGUCCCUGCUGCUCCCCACGGCCACAGUCACACAAACUUCCAUAUCCCCGGCGAGAGCGCCGACGAGGACUCCAGUUCUGACUAUGUGAACAACACAUCGGAGGAAGAGGAGUAUGACGAAGGGCUACCUGAAGAUGAGGAGGGCGUAACAUACUAUAUCCGCUAUUGUCCCGAGGAUGACGCGUACCUGCAGGGGGUGGACGGUGUUGAGGAAGACUAUGGCAGCGGGAACGUGAGGCUCCCCCCUGACGCGGGACGAGGCCAGGAGGUCGUGGAGGAGAGAGCAGAGCCUCGAGGGCAGUCUGCGGCGGUGGAACGUGAUUCUGUGGGUUCGAGGUGUAACAGCCAGCCCAAAGUGACGCGGGACCAUUGUGCAGUUGCCCACGCCCAUCCAGUGUCAGGGAAUGCAGGGGAGGGCAAGGAGGAAGAGGCGGAGACUGAGUGCUGUCCAAGCAAAGAGGAAGAAGUCCAACAGAAGGCGCCAGACUCAUGGAGCCCCCAUGGUCGAGAAGGGAACCGGAAUACAGGUCAUUCCUCCAGCCACCAGGGGGCAGCGGUGCCUGACAAGCACCUCGACCGCAUCGUGGCUGACAUCAAGAUGAGCAUGAGCGUGAGCGGCAGUGACGGCGGCAGUGCUCCUGAGCAGCCGGCCGCCCCUUACAUGCCCCGCUGCCACGAGGGCCGCCCCCGGUCGCUGAACAUCCCUUCUGCUCAGCUGAACCACCCUGAUGCUCAGGAGGGCUUCACGGUGCAGGGGCGCACAGCGGAGGAGAGGCUUCAGUGGGUGCAGGAGCAGCUACAGGUGGCUAGCGGCACAGAGCAGCCCAGCAAGCAGCGUCAGCAACGCUCCGAUCUGAACAGGCCCCCGGAGAACAGCACCGGCCCCGAGAGUCCGGAGGGAGACGGCCACGCCACCCUGACAGAAGUGGACCUGUUUAUUUCCACACAGAGAAUCAAAGUGAUCAAUGCUGACACGCAGGAGACCAUGAUGGACAAUGCGCUGCGCACCAUCUCCUACAUCGCCGACAUCGGCAGCAUCGUGGUGCUCAUGGCACGGCGGCGCACCUCACAGAGCCGCUCGGAGGCCGCGCCCGGCACCGGCGACACCAAGAAGCAGUACAAGAUGGUCUGCCACGUCUUUGAGUCGGAGGACGCACAGCUCAUUGCGCAGUCCAUCGGACAGGCGUUCAGUGUGGCCUACCAGGAGUUCCUGCGGGCCAAUGGCAUCAACCCCGAGGACCUGAGCCAGAAGGAGUACAGCGACAUCAUCAACACACAGGAGAUGUACAACGACGACCUCAUCCACUUCUCCAACUCUGAGAACUGCAAAGAGCUGGAGUUGGAGAAGCAGAAGGGUGAGAUCCUGGGCGUGGUGAUCGUGGAAUCAGGCUGGGGCUCGAUCCUGCCCACUGUCAUCCUGGCCAACAUGAUGAACGGUGGCCCGGCCGCCCGCUCCGGCAAGCUCAGCAUCGGCGACCAGAUCAUGUCCGUCAACAAGACCAGCCUGGUGGGCCUCCCGCUCGCCACCUGCCAGAGCAUCAUCAAGGGCUUAAAGAACCAGACACAGGUGAAGCUGAACAUCGUGAGCUGCCCGCCUGUCACCACAGUGCUCAUCAAGAGGCCUGACCUCAAGUACCAGCUUGGCUUCAGUGUGCAGAACGGCAUCAUCUGCAGUCUGAUGAGAGGCGGCAUCGCAGAGCGUGGUGGGGUCCGCGUUGGACACCGCAUCAUCGAGAUCAACGGGCAGAGCGCAGUGGCCACCGCCCAUGAGAAGAUCGUCCAGGCCUUGUCCAACUCCGUGGGUGAGAUCCACAUGAAGACCAUGCCGGCUGCCAUGUUCCGCCUGCUCACCGGCCAGGACACCCCCAUGUACAUCUAGGACCUUAUGUCCUUCACUAUAUGAGCCACAAGCACCUGCCGAUUACUCCUCCUGUAAAGCAAGCUGAUGCUGCAUACAUAACCACCAGGGGGCGCCAACGCCCCCAUCUCUGCCAAUUUAGUUUGUUCUCCCAUUUCAUGCCCUUUAAAAUGUGACACCCUACACUGACAACUACGUGUGGCGGAACAUAAGACAGGCGACAUUUUCCCCAGUUGACAUAGAUGUGAUCUGUUAAUUGUGCUGUUGGUUUGUGGGAUUCAUGUGCAAUAAGACCAUUUGGGAAAUGUGACUGAACACAUUUAUUUUUUAUAUGCACAUGGUUAUGUAUUUGUUAUAUACUGUAUAUAUUAUAGUUUAUCUCUCCCUUUUUCCUCUGUAAAUACAGAUAACCCCCUUUUUCACCCAGUAGAUUUUUUUGUGGGAAAGGCAAAAUGUAUGACUUGUACCGUCUUAAGUCUUUGUGGUACAGAUGAGAUUUUUUUUUUAUCUCCAGUGUGAGAGAAAAGAGGGACAGAUUGGUUUGGGAACCUAACGAAUAUCGCAUCUUCGGGCAGAGGUAGGAAUCGGUAGGAAAUGACAAUAGCCGCAAAAUCAUUGGAAUGGUUCGGGAGAACGCUGAGGGAAAUAACUUUUUAGGUGACUGAAGUUGUCAUGACAACACAGUGAUGUGCAGGAAAGGCCGACACGUGCCUUCAGCGCAGUGAGGACAGAAGGUUGGGUCUGGGUCCGAGAUGCACACAGCAAAGCCAGGAAGUGUCGUGACAGCACCCAGGGCUCUGGACCAGAGCUGGGAGCUUUUUUGGAUAUCAAGUCAAAAGAGAAAAAAUAAGGCUUUUUUAAUGACUGUAUGUUAGCAGAACAUAUGGGACUGGAUUGUUCUCCAUGUUCAACUCUGGGUUUUAAAAACCCACACAAAAUCCAUCGGCCAAACUGAAAUUCAAUCAUUAAUGAUAAAUCUAAACUUUGUAUGACAAUAUGAACUUCAUUUUUUUUUCUUCUGAGACACAAGACCUGCACUGUCUAUGGUAGGUUUGUUCUGGGUGGACUGUAUGUACUGUGAUUAAACUCUAGGUAGCUGCGUCAUCCACGUGAGCCAAUCGUAGACCGUGUCUAGGACGGCGCUCGCAGGGGAGUCUCCUUCACGUCUUCAUCCUGCUCAGCAGGGCUCUGGUGAUACUGACUGAAGCUGCACUGUGAAGCUGGAAGCCUCACUGCCCAGAGCUGCUUUCAAAAUGUACCAGGAUCUCCCCGAGUGGGGACCCGGGCACCGUGACGCUUUAUCCGUUUGCAUGCCGCUGACGUCCUCCUGGAAGAACAACACAGUAAACACGCUUACCUUCGAGCUGAGAAGCCGGCCGCGUCGUUGCCAUCUCCUGCAUUUUGGCGCUGGGUGCCAGGUGGCUGAUCUCCAUGCCGUGUGCUGGGAGUGCUGCACGCUUUGUGCGUUACUGCUGGAACCGCAUUUGGACUGAAGAUAUGUAUGUGGGUGUAUGUGUGGGGCUGUCAACUACUCACUUUGUAAGUAUCGGUGUAUGUUACAGUGCUGUAUUGGUUUUUAUGUAUACAGGAUUCAUUAAAUGGACAGAGGAAAUGUGUAAGUGUG